AUGCAAUCAUUCACUUCCAUUCUCGCGUGCUCACUACUUCUCCUACUCCCACCCUUCUCUCUUGCCGGUUUAUUAUCCCAACCGGUAACCGACCCCAACCAGCCUCUCAAACCGGGCGAAUACCCUUCCUCCAACACCGUCCCGGCAUUCCCGGUUCAAACCCAAACUCAAAUCUGCAAACUCGACUUAUCCAACGAACUCUUCGGCGGAGUCAAAGACGCAUGCGGAAAAGACCUAGACCGAAGCCGAUGCUGCCCCGUCCUCGCAGCUUGGCUAUUCGCCGCACACGCUCGCUCCGCCCUCGAAGUAACCGCCGACGCUCCAGCUCCCUCAAGCGGAGAACAACCGAUGAUGCCCGACGACUCACAGAAAUGCGUUAACUCGUUGCAAGACUCUUUACUAACUCGUAACAUUCGAAUACCUCAACCUAACGCAACAUGUGACGCGAUUCUUUGCUUCUGUGGAAUCAGGCUUCACCAAAUAAGCUCCUUAUCAUGCCCCGCCGCGUUUAACGUUUCUGGUUCGCAUAAAAACGCUACUCCCACCGCCGCCGUUCGUAACCUGGAAAAUAACUGCCGUAACGCUUCUUAUUCCGGUUGCACCAAAUGCCUUUCUGCCCUACAAAAGGUCAAGAGUUUCAAGAACGGGACGAAAGGAGGGAGUGAAAGAGUGAAGAAGAUGUUUAACCGAGACUGUGAACUGAUGGGUUUGACGUGGUUACUUGCGAAGAACAAAACGACAUACAUACCUACCGUUUCAGCAGUUCUACGUGCCAUGAUGUACAGUGCUCACCCGCAUGAAUCAAAGUGUAGUCCUGAUCAAGAGAACAUGCCAUUAGCCGUUGAUUCUCUGCAAUUUGAAACUGGUUAUGCGCCAUCUUGGCCGUCCAAAUUAUGGGUUACUGUUUUAAGUUUAAUAAUCUUGUUUUGUAACUUGUAA